AUGAAGCAGGUAUUGAUGAGGUUGUGCGCCAUGCUGCGUUUAAUAAACCGGUACUUGCCAUUUGUGUCGGCAUGCAAGCUUUGCUUGAAUCGUCAGAAGAAAAUGCAGGCACUCAAGCGCUGGUCCCUCAUAUGGGCUGGAACCAAGUCCAUCAGGCAGAUCCAAAUCAUCCAAUGUGGAAAGAUAUUGAUCAAGAUAGCCGUUUUUACUUUGUACAUAGCUAUUAUGUCGAACCCAAAGACCCGUCUCUUGUUGCUGCAACAUGUGAUUAUGUUCCAUCCUGAAAAGAGCCAUACAGCA